GGCUUAGUCAUAACAAAUAAGUAGUCAAAGAGAUGGCCGUCAAAGUGAAAGGCAUCAGAGUUUGCUUUGCUAUUUCCAUAUGUAGUAACAUCAUCGCUGUAGCUAUAUCUUUGUUAAACCUAGAGGAACUUGAAGAUAUAAAGUAUGGCAUGGAAAUAUCUGGAACGCCAGUGUUACUGAGAGAGAACCCUUUGUUGUCUAACACACUCCUACUAUCAUCCAAGCAUGGCCAACAAUAUCAGUGCACUCUUCCUCUAAUUGAGAAAGAUGAAUUCAUCAAACAAGAAAAUGAAAAUUAUACAACAGAAGAAAUUACAAGCUUACUACAGCCACUAGAGAACAAAUGUUUAUAUCAUAAUAAUGGAUGGUGGACGUAUGAAGUUUGUUUUGGUAAAAACAUAUCUCAGUACCAUGAGGAGGGAAAUUCUCUUAAAGGAGACAGAAUAUCAUUGGGUUUGUACAGUUCACAGACAGAUUGGUCAAAGGAAAAAGUAGAGAAAAGUAAAUCCAAGACAACUGUGGUUCAAAGGUACCACUCACAAUAUUAUGUCAAUGGAACUGUGUGUGAUUUAAGUCAAAAUCCGCGAAACACUCAAGUCAAGUUUUCUUGUGAGGUCGACAAGAAUGAUUAUAUCUACAGGGUGGAUGAGCCAUCAUCAUGCUCAUAUGUUGUUGAUAUCCACACAAGUCGACUUUGCAAGCAUCCACUGUUUAGACCACCUCCUGUAUCAAAGCCCAAAUCAAUCAAAUGUUCCCCAGCACUCUCAAAAGAAAGAUAUGACACCUACCUAGCAACAAUUGAGAUUCAGAAGAAGGCUUUGGAGGCAAAGCAAAGAGCAAGAGCUAAGAGAUUGGAGGAGGCUUCUGAAGAAGAUGACAUUGAGCUUGGAUACAGAGCUCUGCCUAAACAUAAACCCCUACGAAGCCAGCUGUGGCCAUGGGAGUCGCCUGGAGUGGAAGAUGAUGAUGAGAUGUGGAUCAGUGGCAAGAUAGACAAGGAGCAGAUUGAUGUAAACAGGAUGGACCUCUUCAAAGGCCGUAAGAAGUUAAACGAUAAGGAUAGUGAUGAAAGCAUACUCACCAUGAGAAACAUAUUCACGAAGAAAGAUCGCACUACUAAACCGAAGCCUAGUCCAUCUGUUGGUAGUGCAGAUAAAGAGAAAUCGGAGAAAUCGUCAUCACCGGGAGAUACCACAGUGAAAAAACCUGAAGAAUCUCAAGCUAGUCCUGAUAAACAAUCAGAGAAGCCUCCACAAUCACCGGGAGAUACAACAGUGAACAAACCUGAAGAAUCUCAAGCUAGGCCUGAUAAAACAUCAGAGGAGUCAGAUGAUCAGCUGCAGUCAGACGACCCCAAAUCUGAUGAAACAAAGGACGACCCUAGCAAUGAAUCCAGUAAGGAUGAAUCUAAAGACAAUAUACAUGAGAAGAAAACGCUGGAGCAGGAAUGGAGAGAUGCUCUUGCCAAGGCGCGACAGAAUCUACGCACUGUAGUCCGCAAGCAGUUACAAGACAUGGGCGUGGACCCUGAUGACUUGGAGAAGAAGUUUAAAACCAUGAUGAGUAAGCACGGCCUUGGAGCGCAGAAAAACCCUAACGAGGAGUCAAACGGACCUUCAACAGUGAACCAAGAAACUUCCGAAGCCGAUCUUGUCAAGGAAAGUAAUCAGAACAUCCCUGAGACCCAAGAGGCUAGGGGUGCUGAAGGGAACGAGAAAGAUGACCCCAUUAUCUCUAAAGCUAGCCUUACAAAGGAGGCCGAGAAAGCAGAAGCCAAACCCGAACCCAAAUCCAAAUUGCACGUCGAUCACCCAGAUGGCCCAGCUAUAGCUAGCACGAAUUCUCCAGCUGAUAAAAGCGACUCAAAUCCAGAUAUGGUCGGUCUGAAGGCGGCGUUGAACAACAAGCUAGAAAAGCUUGCGAGAGAGGUAGAUGACAUGGAGAAGGACGGUAGGCUGAAGAAAGAUAGUCGCGAGCGUAAGAUGCUGCUGAACAUCAAGAAGCUGAUCACUGGCAUGGACCGGCAGAACAUGCUUCUCAUGAAAAAGGAGGAGACUUUAAGGCGCGCCCUCGAGAAGCAUCUGGAUGAGCUAAGCGAUCGGUUCAACAUGGAGGCCACGAUGAUGAAGAGGUUUAUGGACGAUAUCGACGAUGGCUUGGAAGGCGACGACGACUACCUAAAGGACGUGGUCGAGCGGCUAAAGAGGGCUAUGCACAGCUUUGACGAAGCAUCAAGGAGUCUGUCGACAGACAUGGCAGCCGUGAAGAAUCUGAACCAGGAGAUACACAGCAAACUGGAUAACAUCAUCAGGAAGACCGAGCCUACAGGGGAUCAGGGCAGGAAGUUCUUCCGUCUGGCCGCCAAGGCCAACCUCCUUCUCCGCCGUCUACUCCAGCGAAGCGCCCAACUCGACAAGGAAAUGCGCAUCAUCCGUGAGAUCAGCAAAGAAGCGGACACCAGGCGACAGGAGUACCUCGACAACGAAGUGGCUGAUGACUUCACACCUGGCAAAGAGCUAGAGGGCGAGGCUAAGGUCAAGAUGAAUAAUAUAGUGGAGCGACUGAAGAACAUGAUCAAGGAUAUAGACACGGGGAGGCAAGGCAAGAUGGGAGACCCGCUCGACCCUCUCGGCAUGGAGAACAUCAAGGUUCGUGUCACUAAAAUCAAAGGUGAGAACGGUCAACCUGUGUGGUCUGAAAACGACGAGGACGCGGACGAGACUGCCAUUGAAUCGAGGCUUAGAAUGGCGACGAAGCGGAUGGAGAGGAUCGUCAAGGAACAGCUGAGAGACGCUGGCGUCGCCCCCGCAGGGAAAAUCCGCGUCAAGAUCAUCACGUCCAAGGAAGCGCUGGAGAACAUGGGCGGUGACAAGGGCAUGCAGAUAUUGAGCGACGUGGAGACUUCGGAGUUUAAAAAGAUGGUGCUUAACCUACUGGGCGGGAAUCAAGACGCGGUGGAGGAGAGAAAAAAUCACAUGGCACUGGAGAAUAACUACAAUCUUGUAUGGGACGAGAAUCAUCUGAGCAAAGCGCCAUCUGAAGACGACGACGAGAAGGAAUCGGAGGCAGAACUCACAUUUGACGACACGCCGUUCUAGAUAGCCUAGCCUUCUCCGCCACACUACAGACAGUAGCUUAACGGAUGUGAGUUCUUGGGCGGCCUGCACAAGCUAUAUUAUUUCUCCAAGUGCUCAUAGAUAACACAUCACCAGUGCACUAACUUAGAUGGGCUAUCAGAAGUUCCACGGUCUAUAUCCAUUGAUAGCAGAACACAGGAAGGGAAAGGAUGCCGAUUUGUGACUAGAAAAAGUGAUACUGGAGCCAUAUCAUUGGCUGUGCCUCCCCUUACCCCAACUAGAAUGUGCUCCGGUUUAGUUAGAUUUGAGUUAAAUUUGAUUGGAAGACUACUUGGGCGCUUAGAAAGCGUUACCACAAAUAUUUAUAAGGUAUAAUAAUGAUUUGUUCCUUAAAUAGCUGUUUAAAUAUAAAUAUUUAUGAAAAUA